AUGUUUGUGGAGCGUCGCCUUCCCCUUGCUCAUCGUCUUGGGGAGCCCGCGGAUACUCCUUUGAACCCAACGCGCGAGUACUGGUCCUUCGAACAGCGCUCAGCCAUGGCUGCAUCGUCGCACAACCCGUAUCCAAGGUCUCCUAAUCCCUCCACCAGGUCAUAUGAUUCAUCUUCCGUCUCUUCUGCCACCUCUCCGAAGCAGCCAGCCCAGUACAUCCCCCGAGGCUUGAUGAACACAGGGCCAAGGACGACGGCGGCCCCCCCUCCUCAACCGAUAGGCAUUCCGCCUUUACCGCCAGUCAACCAGAGCGCUUUCACGCCGUACACGCCGGUAACUGGGGGCUCAAUGAUGGGGCGUGAUUCAUUGCCUUCAACUGAGUCCGUGGCAAGCACUCCAGGCCCUUCAGCUGCCUCGCUGCCCCCCAUUUCCCAAGCACAAAAAAGAGCGUACAGGCAAAGGCGGAAAGAUCCUAGCUGCGACGCAUGUAGGGAAAGAAAGGUCAAAUGCGACGCUACGGAAACGACUAGCUGCUCAGAAUGUUCGAGCCGUAACGUCAAGUGCCAGUUCACAAAGGAGACGAACAGGAGGAUGUCAUCGAUCAAGCAGGUUCAAGACCUGGAGAAACAGUUGGAGCGUCUCAGAAGGGAGAAUGGCAGCAUGAGAAGAAUGCUCCAGGAGAGGGAUGGAGCAAUGGACGUUGAUCACGAUGGUCUUGAUCAGCUACCUCUUCAGCUUCCAGAAAUUGGUACCGACCCAAAGCGGAGGAAGCGGCCUGCACCGAUGCACGAUUUGGCAAGAGCAAGGUCAAACAUGCGCAUCUUUUCCCGGGGGAUCUGGAAGCCUCCUGCGCAAUAUCGCCAAACGCCUUCGACGCCGUUAUUCGAUCCACCGAGGCCAGAUCUACCCCCAAGGCAGACAACCGACAAGCUUUUGCACGCCUACUACGGCUCUGCGCACACCAUGUUUCCCAUCCUACACUGGCCAACAUUCCAGACGGGAGUCGACGAUCUCUACCGAAUCGGCAAUACCAAGUCAGUACAGCCGGCAUGGCUCUCUGCCUUCUUCGCAGCUCUUGCCUUAGGGAGCCUCUUCAGCCAAGACCCCCAUUCUCAUCGCUCGUACCGAGCAGCCGAAUUGCUGGAGGUUGCCAGAAACAUGAUCGACCCGUGGAACAACGAUUAUGUACUGGACAAUGUACGGGCCAUGGUGCUUGUUACGUUGUGCUUGAACGAACUGAACCAAAAGUCGGCCGCGUGGACCUGGCUGGGAACCGCGGUGCGGGCCGGUCAGGACCUUGGCCUGUACUCGGAGUCUGGACCCUGGCCCGUUAUCGAGGGCGAAAUGCGCCGAAGACUUUGGUGGACCGUUUACAUUUUGGACCGGAGCCUGGCACUCGACCUUGGGCGCCCUGUAUUGAUUGACGAUUCUGACUGCGAUGUAUCGCUCCCAGCAGGUGUCGAUGAUCACUACAUCCACGAAGGCGGCAUAAUGGUGCCCCCUGGUCGAGAACCUCUCAACCAUUCCCUAUUGGCCCUGAUCAAUGUUAUCCGGUCAUAUUCGUCCCUGAUCAAAACAUUGGCCGCCCCGGCUGUUGCCCCGACCAGACUCGCAACGUUCGACCAACACUUUGUGGCCUGUCUUCGAGCCUUCCCACCGGUUUGUGACACUUCCAGCACAGGGCAGAUCGCUCCUCAUCUUCUGAACCCCAUCACCUAUCUGCUGCAUGCCCGUCUCGUGUUGCACCGCCACAAUCUUGCACCAACGAGCCCACCCGAUGUACGACUUGCUGCCAUGGAGCAGUGCACUCACACAGCUCUUGAAACAGCCUCCCUCCUCUCACGCGCUACCCCCAGCCUUGCGGAUGGCGCUACAGCUCUUCUUACGACGCACACAUUCCGCUGUGCCCUCUUCCUCUUGCUCGCAGGCUACUGGGAUCAUGCGACUACUUGCCUACGUGCCCUUGCUUCCAUCGAUGCAAGACGCGAUGUCGCUAUCCCUUGUGGUCGGUUUCUCGCCUUCUUCGUCUCGGCACUGAGCACCAAACGCAGCGAAUAUGCGUCGUUUGUUGCUCGCACAACACCACCAAAACCGUUUGCUCCGCCUCCUCUGCCUCAGAACCGCACUGGCCCCACCCCGUUGCAAGAGGCUCUCCUUCACGAUGAGGAGCUUCUCGCAUAUGUCAGCGCUGAUUUGCAGGCAGCCCCAGACGCUGCCUGGAUCUGGACCGGUGGCGAGAGAGAGGCGAUUCUCUCUCCGACCUCGCCUGUAUCCAUAACGGCUUCUGGCGGUGCGAGUAGCGGUCUCUUUAGUAUGGAGCAGCGGACUGGUCUGAGUGAGGAGGAAAUUAAGGAGUGGGGCGGUUGGGAACGUCUCGAAACAGCCAUUCGCGGAUUGGCAUCAGGUAACUCGACUCCUACACCAACGUCUGCGACUUGGUCCUCCGCCUUGCCUGCUGGAAUCAAGCCCGAAGGCACACCUGCCCCGAUGCUGCCGAGCAUAGUACCUGGUGGCGAGGGAAGCACCGGCAACAGCCCGACAUCGAGCGCUAAGGGACGGCCUCAGGACAGGCUGAGUAUUGCAAACAUCAUCUAG